AACUCGGCUGGCAAGGGUUGGGGAGAACUUAGGUCCAGCCUCCGGCACACACAGCGCGCUCCAGCGGCCUACGCUGGGGAGUGGGUGCCCGCCCCGCUCAGCUGCUAUACCUCGCCUCGGGCCCAGGGGUGGUGCCGAGGGCCGGGAGGGAGGGUCGGCCGGUGGGCGGUGCUUCUCCGGGCUGGAGGCCGCUCCCGGCCGGCACCGCCCUCCGCUUCCCGCGGUCCCUCCCUCCCGCACGCCGGCGCUCCUAGGCCGCGCUUCCUGCGUCCCCAACCCGGUCCCCGAGAGGGCAGUGCGCCCUCUCCACCACCGCGUUCCCUCGGCUGAGAAUCCCCCGAACCCCAGCCCAGAGAUCGCGGCGCCCCCCGAGGAGGCCGCCCGGGUGGGGCGCGGGGGUCGCGAAGCCCCCAGCCCCGGGCCGCCCAGCCGAGACGGAGCCGGACCCGCCGCCUCCCGGGUGGAUCUUCAACUCAAGACUCUAGCAUGAAGAGUUGCCUUCUGGCCUGCCCUGAGUCUCCUCAAGUAACAACAGGCCCUUCUGCCGCAGCCAUCCACACGGGAGGCCUCGCGAUUGCUCGGAACCAUCCCGCAGGAGUUCAGCUGAUAUUUUUCUAGUGUGGGGCGAGAGAUUUUGUGGAGUGCAUUUAAGGGGUUUUUGUUGUGACUGCUGCUUUUUAUAUAUUUAUUUUCUUUCUUGGAACUGGGCCUCGCCCUCCUCCCACUGACAUGAUGGCCCAGUCCAAGGCCAACGGCUCGCACUAUGCGCUGACCGCCAUCGGCCUGGGGAUGCUGGUCCUUGGGGUGAUCAUGGCCAUGUGGAACCUGGUACCCGGCUUCAGCGCGGCCGAGAAGCCAACAGCUCAGGGCAGCAACAAGACCGAGGUGGGUGGCGGCAUCCUCAAGAGCAAGACCUUCUCUGUGGCCUACGUGCUGGUCGGGGCCGGGGUGAUGCUGCUGCUGCUUUCCAUCUGCCUGAGUAUCAGGGACAAGAGGAAGCAGCGGCAGGGCGAGGACCUGGCCCAUGUCCAGCACCCGACAGGCACUGGGCCUCACGCCCAGGAGGAAGACAGGAGGAAGAAGAGGAGGAUGAGGAGGCUGCCUCAAGGUACUAUGUCCCCAGCUACGAGGAAGUGAUGAACACAAACUACUCAGAAGCAAGGGGAGAGGAGCAGAACCCGAGGUUGAGCAUCUCUCUCCCGUCCUAUGAGUCACUGACGGGGCUUGACGAGACCACCCCCACAUCCACCAGGGCUGACGUGGAGGCCAGCCCCGGGAACCCCCCUGACAGGCAGAACUCUAAGUUGGCCAAACGACUGAAACCGCUGAAAGUUCGAAGGAUUAAAUCUGAAAAGCUUCACCUCAAAGACUUUAGGAUCAACCUCCCGGACAAAAACGUCCCUCCUCCCUCGAUAGAGCCUUUGACUCCUCCACCGCAGUACGAUGAAGUCCAGGAGAAGGCCCCCGACACCCGGCCACCCGACUGAAUGGCCCCACUUGAGCCACGCUCCCUCCUGUCUCUCACACCUUUUGACCCCAAGACUCUAACAAAGCCACGUGAGCCACGGUUGAGAAGCGGAGGGGCCAGCUGUGCAUGGAGCCAUUUGGAUGGUGGGGGGGAUUCUGUGUAUCGGGAGUGACUUUGUUGCCCCACACAGCCUCCUGCUGCAGGUGCUUUGGAAAGAGAUGCUGCCUUGGAGCUGGUGAAUCUGUGGACCACACUCAAGGGUGUGGCACAGGCAUCUUCCCAUCCUCUUCACUCCGAAUCACAGGCGACACAUUCUCCUUUCCAGCUAGGAAAGGGUUCCUCGCGGCUGGUUUAGAUUGCGGUUGUUUGUUUUGCUUCUACUAAGACUGUUUUGUUUCAAAAAGGAAACAAGUUUUGUGUUUGCUGUCUACGCUGGAGUCCUGAACUGUGGGUAGGAAAUACGACCUGGCUUUGUAGAAAGGACACAGGGCUGUUUUAUGAACUAAGCGGUGAGGCUCAGGUGGUGGCUCUCGCAGAGCCCCUGAUGCUGUUGUUCUUUGAGGGCUUAAGGCCUGAUGAACUUAGGCACGUGAUGCAUAAUAGUCUUAAAUGGUACACUUAACUAGUCUCUUUUGUGUAACAGCAAAAAAAAAAAAAAAAAAGAAAAGAAAACUGUAGGAAAUGUUCUGUUCUUUUUGAAAUGCCAUGCAAUGGAGCUUUUUGUAAUAAAAUAUUUUAUAUGUAGUA